AUGGCACCAGAUGGCCCGUGCCCGCUUACCGCAGCGGUGGCCCUCUUUUUCGACGGCCCCUGCAUACAUACGGAUACUCAACCUGUGUUUUUCUGCAAAGCACCAAUGCCUGUCACGACUUUUCCACCCCGUCCACUCUCCUGCUGCCAUUGCUAUCGAUAUUGCGCGGCCAGCCUCGCCGACUCCACCCUGCUGAUUUACCCCUCGCAUCUGGACUCUCCGCACCCACUGCAGCCGCCGCGCCGUGGGCCACAGCCAACAGCACGCCGCCAGAAGAUGCCAGCGCUGCACCGCACAGAUGCAUUCGCAAGCUGGAGUACCCCAAUUCGCUGUCAGUCUGGAGGCCGUGCUCCACUGUGGGGCAUCACGGACGGCACACACAUCAACUCUGCAAAUGCUGCAUGA